AAUUUUUGGGGUGACCCCCAAGCUUCUGGGAGGGGUCCCUGAAUAUUUUUUGGGGGUCCCCUGAGAUUGGAGGGUCCCCAAAAAUUUGGGAAUCCCCAAAAUUUUGGGGUCCUCAGGGAUUGAGGGAAUUUUUGGGGGGGAUUCCCCAAAAUUUGGGAAUUCCCAAGGAUCGGGGGGGGUCCCCAAGGAUUGGGAGAGGUCCCCAAAAUUUGGGAUUUCCCAGGAUUUGGGGGGUUCCCAAAGAUCAGGGGGGGUCCCCAGGGAUUGGGGGGUCCCCAAAAUUUGGGUCCCUGACCUUUGACCCCGCGCUCCCCCAGCUCCAGCCCCGCUGUCCCCGGCACCUGGCCCAGGGAUUCCCGUGGGAAGCGGCGAUGUCGGACAAGGGCGGCAGCAUGGACGGCAGGACGGACAUUGUCAACGGCAGCCUGUCGAGCAGCCCCGAGGACAUGUCGGCCGAGGAGGGCCGCGAGACGUCCUCGGGGAUCGAGGUGGAGGCGUCCGACCUGAGCCUGAGCCUGACGGGCGACGACGCCGGGGCCGCGCGGGGCCGCGCCAGCGACAGCGACAGCUCCGGGGACAAGGACAGCGACAGCAUGGACGACACCGGCCACUACUCCAUCCCCGAGGAGCCGCGGCACGACGAGGACGAGGAGGAGGAGGAGGAGGAAGAGGAGGAGCCGCGCGCCCGGCGCAGGGCGCCCCGCAAGCGGCCGCCCCACGAGCGCGACUCGUCCGACGAGGAGCAGGCGCUGGAGGACUGGGUGGCCUCGGAGACGUGGGCGCUGCCGCGGCCGCGCUGGCGGGCGAUCCCGGCGCUGCGGCAGCGCCAGCUGGGCGGCUGCUCGCGCUUCGUGGCGCAGGCCUGCGGCGCCCGGCUCUUCGUGCAGAAGUUCCGGCUGCAGCACGGCCUGGAGGGCCACACGGGCUGCGUGAACACGCUGCACUUCAACCAGCGCGGCACCCGCCUGGCCAGCGGCAGCGACGACCUCAAGGUGCUGGUGUGGGACUGGCUGCGGCGCCGGCCCGUGCUGCAGUUCGACAGCGGGCACAAGAGCAACGUCUUCCAGGCCAAGUUCCUGCCCAACAGCGGUGACUCCACGCUGGCCAUGUGUGCCCGGGACGGGCAGGUGCGCGUGGCCGAGCUCUCGGCCACCCAGUGCUGCCGCAGCACCAAGCGCGUGGCCCAGCACAAGGGGGCUUCCCACAAGCUGGCGCUGGAGCCGGACUCGCCCUGCACGUUCCUGUCUGCGGGGGAGGACGCCGUGGUCUUCACCAUCGACCUGCGGCAGGACCGGCCCGCCUCGAAAUUGGUGGUGACGAAGGAGAAGGAGAAGAAGGUCGGGCUCUACACCAUCUUUGUCAACCCUGCCAACACCUCCCAGUUCGCCGUGGGCGGCCGCGACCAGUUCGUGAGGAUUUAUGACCAGAGGAAAAUCGAUGAGAACGAGAACAACGGAGUCCUGAAGAAGUUCUGUCCCCACCACCUGGUGAACUGCGAGUCCAAAGCCAACAUCACCUGCCUGGUCUACAGCCACGACGGCUCAGAGCUGCUGGCCUCGUACAACGACGAGGACAUUUACCUGUUCGACUCGGCGCACAGCGACGGCGCGCAGUACAGCCGGCGCUACAAGGGCCACCGCAACAACGCCACGGUGAAAGGGGUGAAUUUCUACGGCCCCAAGAGCGAGUUCGUGGUGAGCGGCAGCGACUGCGGCCACAUUUUCCUGUGGGAAAAAUCCUCCUGCCAGAUCGUGCAGUUCAUGGAGGGGGACAAGGGUGGAGUGGUGAACUGCCUGGAGCCUCACCCGCACCUGCCCGUGCUGGCCACCAGCGGGCUGGACCACGACGUGAAGAUCUGGGCGCCCACGGCCGAGGCGCCCACGGAGCUGCGGGGCCUCAAGGAGGUGAUCAAGAAGAACAAGGUGGAGCGGGACGAGGACAGCCUGCACCACACGGACAUGUUUGACAGCCACAUGCUCUGGUUCCUCAUGCACCACCUGCGCCAGCGCCGCCACCACCGGCGCCGCCGGGACCCCGGGGCCGACUCCCCCUCGGACGACUCCGGGAGCUCCUCGGACACCUCGGACGAUGAGGAGGAGGGGCCGGACCGGGUGCAGUGCAUGCCCUCGUGAGCCCCAAACCCCAAUCCCCCAAAAAAACC